UCUCUACAUUUGAUACUUUAAGAAAAAGCUUUGAUUUAACACUUCUAGAAAAUGUUCUUUUAAAAAUAAAGAAACAAAGCAUUUAGAAGUAAAAAAAAUUUCAAAGAUAUUCAUAGUGGUAGAAAAAGAAAUUCAUAGUGGUAGAAAAAGAAAUUUAAAAUUUAGAAAAAUGAUUUGGACCGUUGUAUUUCUAACACUAAUUAUAGCUUGUAUAGCAGAUAAAGAAAAUAGGUUUGAUUGCUUACCAGAACUCAAUCCAGAGCAGAUUCGGAGCGAUUCAAAGUCUGAAUGUAUCAAGCGAAAAUGUAUUUGGACUGAAGAGCCUCCUCUAACUUCUCCUCGAUGCUAUUACAAUCAAACUGACAAAUUUGGCUUCAUAUAUCAAACGUUUACCACUGAUGGAUAUAAAACAAAAGUGAUUUUAAAACAGACUGAACCUGUUAAUGCUUCAUUUCCAUAUCCUGCUCCAUUCAAGAAUCCAUCAUUGUUAUUUGAAAAGCAGAGUAUAAAUCGACUUAGAGUGAAGAUUUAUGAUAGCGAAACAUCUCGGUAUGAAGUUCCGAUAACUGUACCCUCAUUUACUCAAUUUCCUGAAGAUCAGUCAAAUUAUGAUUUCCAGUUUGUAAAAUCUCAAAAUGAUUUAUUCACUUUUAAAAUAUAUGGGCUUCGCAAAGGAAAAAAUGUGACACUAUGGGAUACUAAUGCUGGUUCAAUGAUGCUCUCAAAUCAAUUUUUGCAAGUUUCGGCUAAAUUGCCUUCUGAAUAUUUGUAUGGCAUUGGUGAAACUUCACGACCAUCAUUCAAAAGGGAUUUUACAAAUUGGACAAAAAUACCAUUGUUUUCAAGAGACCACGUUCCCUAUGAUAGACCUAAUCUCAAUUUAUAUGGAACACAUCCUUUUUAUAUGAUUCUAGAAGAAGAUGGACACGCUCAUGGAGUUUUGUUACUUAACAGUAAUGCAAUGGAUAUAACAACGCAACCUGGUCCAUCAAUCACUUAUCGAACAAUUGGUGGUAUCUUAGAUUUCUAUUUUUUUUUGGGACCUACUCCAGAAGAUGUCGUGCAACAAUACACAGAGUUUGUUGGGAGACCUGUGUUUCCUGCAUAUUGGGCACUUGGAUUUCAGUUGUGUCGAUAUGGUUAUGAUAGUUUGGCUGAAGUUAAACGUACUGUAGAUGAAAUGUCUAAAUAUGACAUUCCACAAGAUGUUCAAUAUGGUGAUAUUGAUUACAUGGAAAGACAACUUGAUUUUACUUACAACAAUAAGACAUAUGAUGGUCUUCCUCAAUAUGUAAAAGAUAUUAAAGAAAAAGGAAUAAAAUAUAUAACUAUUUUAGACCCAGCAAUAAGUGCAGAAGAACCCAAGGGAACAUAUGAAACUUAUGAUUUGGGUAGCGAAUUGGGAAUAUGGAUAAAAGAUGAAUCAGGGAAGGCGCCAUUAAUUGGAAAGGUUUGGCCUGAUAAACCAAAUGUUUUUGUAAACAAAACAUGGCCCUGGGAUGAUCAAACUAAGGCUUUUCGUGCAAAUGCAACGUUUCCUGAUUGGUUUCAUCAAGAUAUUUCAAAAUGGUGGAAUGUUUUGAUAAAGAAAUUUCAUAAAACAAUUGAGUUUGAUGGACUUUGGAUUGACAUGAAUGAACCUGCCAACUUUGUAAUUGGAUCUGUUGAGGGCUGCUCCAAGAACAAUUUAGACUAUCCCCCAUAUAAACCAAAUACACUUGGUGCCUCACUUGCUGAGAAGACAAUAUGCAUGAGUGCUCUCCAUGCAGACAACCAAACUGAAUAUAACUAUCAUUCGUUGUUUGGAUGGAAACAGAGUGUUGUCACAUUAGAUGCUUUAACUGAAACUACAAACAAGAGGGGUAUUGUGAUAUCUCGUUCUACAUUCCCAUCAAGUGGUCGGUAUGCUGGACAUUGGUUAGGUGACAACAAAAGUGCAUGGUCUCAAAUGAAAGAAUCAAUUAUUGGAAUGCUGGAUUUCAGUUUGUUUGGUAUAUCUUAUAUUGGAGCUGAUAUAUGUGGCUUCAAUGAAAACACAACAAGAAGUUUGUGCUUACGAUGGACUCAAUUAGGAGCAUUCUAUUCAAUGAGUAGAAAUCAUAAUGGACUAGGAUUCAUGCGACAAGAUCCUGCUGCAUUUGAUGAAGAAUUUGCAAAGAUAGCAAGAGAAAUUUUGCAUGUGCGUUAUGAAUUACUUCCAUUUCUUUAUACAUUAAUGUAUAAAGCUCAUGUUGAUGGAAGUACUGUUGUUAGACCUAUGUUUCAUGUGUUUCCUUAUGACCGAAAUACCUGGAACGUUGAUUCGCAGUUUUUUUGGGGAUCAAGUCUUCUUAUCACACCUAUUUUGGAGGAGAAUGCAGUAAAGGUUAACGCCUACUUUCCAACUGAAGCAAGUUGGUUUGAUUAUUUCACUUUUGAAGAGAUGUCUUCUGGUCUGCAGUCUCUACAUAUUCCAAUAGACAAAAUUGGUUUGCACAUUAAGGGUGGAUCAAUUAUUCCAAUGCAAGGUGCAGCCAAUAACACCAAAUUCAGCCGAAGAAAACCCAUGAAGCUUCUUGUUGUGUAUGAUAAAUCUUUUAAAGCUGAAGGAGAUUUGUUUUGGGAUGAUGGCGAAUCAUUAAACUCUGUUACAGAAAAGAAGUUUCUUUACUUGAAAUUCUCAGCAAAUAAAGAUAUUUUGAGUAUAAGUGUGGCAAACAAAUAUAAAAAUGACGAUAAUCUUCAGUUUGAGCAAAUAACAUUAGUUGGACUUCAACAUUCUAUAAAAAAUGUAUAUGUAAAUGAAAUUCUUCAUCAAUCAUUUACCUCAAAAACAAUAAAAAGUUCUAAGAUUUGGUUAAUAAACAACGUCAAUUUAAAAAUUGAUCGUGAUCACAACAUCAAAUGGACGUACAACAUCAAAAGUUCGUCUUAUUGUUUUAAAGUUAACAUUUAUUGCAUGAUAACCGUAAUCGUGUCAUUGUUCACUAUUAUGUAUUAAAUUUAAAUUUUUUUGUUGAAAUAAUUGGUGAGAAAUCUUAAAUAAUUUUUUUUUAUAAUUUUUUUACGAAUAAAGUAACAGUCAUAAAUUUGUUUUAUAUUAUAAAACUUAUUGUAUUCUUUGCGUGUUGUUCACUGAUCUCAAAAUAUAACUGAAUAGCGGA